AUGAUUAAGAAGAAAAUCGCAAAAUUUACUCCUUUUGAUAUAGUCUUAGAUGGAUUAGAACAAUAAAAAUUUAUUGAUGAAGAUUUUAAUAUGAAAAUCAUUAAAGUUGACAAUAGCAAGAAAAAUAAUAAAAUGUUUCUGUUGAAAAGAUCAAUCUCAAAUGAAAAAGAACAUUUCAAAGAUAUUGAUGAAAUUCACAAAUCCUAAAUUAUUAAUUCAUAUGGAUUGUUAUGAAUUGAUAAAUGGGUAUUUUCUACUUUUUAUUAGACCUAUGAUAUUUUAAUUGAUUAAAAUUUACACAAAUUUUACAAAUUUAUACUUAUGUUUGACACUUAUUCAUAAAAUUUAAAUCAAUAUUAUGACAAUGUUUAAGUAAUUUAUAAUAAUUUAUUUAGUCAAAAAAAAUUUAAUUACUUAAAGAAGACAUUGCUAUAUUCUUUAGAGCUAUUAUUUUUUCAAUUAAUUAAUUUUAAGUUGACCAGGAAUGAGCAAAAUAAUAUACUCUAGUUUGGAUAUUUUAAAAAUAAUAAUUAAUAAUUUUCAUUCUGCAAUACUUUGGUUUGUUAUAAUAAUUAGAGUAUUUUCAAGUUUGGAGGAAUUGAAGCAAAUAAUAAACCUUUUAAUUUUGUGGAAGAGUAUAAAAUAAUGAAUGGCAAUUAAUAAAUUUUAAAACGCCCACCUAGCUUUAGUUUUGCAUAUUUAGUAAAGUAAAUCCAACUUAAAUUUUUAUUGUUGGAGGAUAUUUCGAAAAAAUUUCUAAUACAAAAGUCAAAAUAAUGA